UGUACUCAUAUGUGUAAGUAUAUCUAGUUACAGAUAGUAUAUAUGUACAAGUAGUUACAAUAAGAUUGAAUAAUGCUUAAAAUGCGAGAUAGUGAAGAAUUUAAACUCGUAACUCGUCGAAAAAAACGUAUAUCACAUAAUCGAACAAAUUGUAAUUUGAGUACUUCUUCCUAUAUCAACGAUGACGAUGGUGCUGACCUCAACAUUAAUUACGAAAGCAUUUUUAGAAAACUACUAGAAGCUGAAGUUGAAUUGAAAUAUUCAUCGUUUGGUGAUAACAUUUUUCAUUGUUUGAAAGAUUCAUUAAUUGCUUUAAAUGCUAGUGGCAUUUCUGAUAUAUUAUGCUAUGGUUUAGGUCAUUUUUCUAGUUGCAGAUCUUCUAAAUAUCAAUUGGCAUUUCUUUUAUCUUUGAAAAAACAUUAUGACUCUCAGAUAUAUGUAUAUGAUCCAAUUUUUUCUUCAAUAGAAAUUAAGCUUUUAAACGAACUUCAUUGUAAUGUUAUAAAAAUUAACGAGGAAGGCAAACGCAUUAUACGUGAUAAUAUUACAUUAGUAUAUAUGCCACAUUGUUCGGUACAUUUAAUUAAUAACUUCCUUUAUGCAAAUUGGUGUAAGAAGUUAGCAAAGUGCAUUCUCUUAACAAAUAGUUUCUCAAUUGUCGUAGACAAUUUGAAAAAGACAAAUGGAUCGACUCUCACAGAUUAUGUUUUACGUAUUCAACCAUAUGUUACAGAAAUUGUUUUACGAAAUGAUUUCACAUAUGAGGAAGCAUUCAAUGACUUAAAUAUUCAUAUAUUUCUUGAUCAGAAUAUUAGUACGAUUCCUGAAAGUUUUUGGAAUAAACGAGAGAUCCCUUGCUAUCAAGAUACAGAAAUUGACUAUUUAACUGCUAAACAAACUGAAGAAAUAGAUGCUAUGAAUUAUUGCAAGAAAGAUGAAACCUAAUGCAAAAUUACUUCGCUCACUUAUACAAGAAAUUCGGCAAGUAUCAUCUGAAAAAAAAGUAAAAAACAACAUUAUGAUUCAAUAUA